GAGGUAUACAGAGGCUCUUGAAGAGGCCAGACAGAACACAUGUAUGUGUUGUACACAACCUGUGGAGGACUUACGCGCUAGAGAAAUUAAAUUUUCCGAUGCCACAAUAAUCAACGAAUAUGACUUUGCAUGCAUCUGUGCUCACGCUUCUGUCUUUAACAGGAGUUUUCAGCGAAAGCUUGCACACACGUGACUUAGUGUUUGGACACGUGACACAGGAAGAACUGAUUAUCUCCUGUGAGUACAAUCGGUAUGAUUGGCCCGAACAAGUCAUCAUACAAUGGUACCGAUAUUCUGGCUAUAGAGGGCUUGAAGUUAAGGUUGUUGGGAAUGAAGAUAACACUGAUGGAGAAAUGUCAGGAAGAGCAAGUUUAGGACCUGGAUGUUCGUUAGUUCUGGCCCAGCCUAACGUUAACGACACAGGGCGAUACUGGGUGGAGCUUCGUAACUAUGGCAACGACGGACAUGCGCAGAAGGCUAAGGUCACAGUGGUGGUGACAGACGGUGCUCAGCUAGAAAAGUGUUGGGCAGACGGCUGUGUUGAACCGGACGGGUCGACACUUCAGAACUGGAUCCGGCCUACAAAAGACAGCCGUGGUCGGAUACAGGCGGCCAUUUUCACAUUGUGUUGUCUCGUCUUGUUGUACUCAUUUCUGGGACUAUGCGGAGCCUCACUGUUGGAAUGGAAAGUCACUAAAAAAAUUAUUGAAGACACAGGGGAGGUAACUCACAGUUAUUCCCGGUACAUCCCUCUGCUGAUCGGCAUCGUUGUUUUCCUCCUUGCGCUCAGUUUGACGACGUCAGGGAUACUUGAUGAUGACGUCACAUUGUGGAUGGGAAUUGCAACCGGAAUCUCUAACACCGUUGGUGCGGCAGUUUUACUGACACACGAGGUUUUGUACGAAGAUUCGCGUGGAUUUUAUGAAAAAAUAAAAACCUUACAGAAACAAGACGACAAUUUCCUGGACAAUACGUGGAGUACUUCUAUGAAAGCUCGUGGAGGUAACCGCAACCAAAGAGUUCAGACACUUGCCUUCAGAUGAUACUCAUCACGUGCUGUAUAUCAUAGUAUGCCAAAGGUCAUGUCUCGGACAUCUGUGAACAACACAUGACUGAGGAUAUGUCCAGAGAGAUAAGACUAGUGAAAGAGAAUCGGUGACAUUGUGAGGCCGUCUGUUUUGAUGUGAGAAAAAUUUGCAUGAACUCGUUCGGGAUUUGCAUCCAAGUUUUCAAAACUGUUAACGCGAUGUCUAUACAGGUGAUAUUCAAAGGUUUGUCGCAGUUUUAUGGUCUCCAGUCUGUCCCCGUUGUAUCAUAUAUUCGCGAUUUACAACCAUUGUCAGUGAUGUGACGGCACCUAUUCACGAUUUAACAGCGGUUGUCAACGAUGUAACAGCAUCUGUUCGCGAAUUGACUGCAGCUGUCAACGAUGUGACAGCGUCUAUUCGCGAAUUGACUGCAGCUGUCAACGAUGUAAUAGCGUCUGUUCACGAUUUACCAACAGUUGUCAUCGGUUUAAUAUCAUCCAUUCACGACUUGACAACCGAAGAAGAUAGCAUCUACUAGGUAUUUGCUAAGGUAUGCAUCCAUUGUUCAAGGUGUGUCAGUGGAUGUCCCGCAUUUGUCAGUCGUAAAUCAAGAACUGAUUAUCAUUGAAACUGAUGCAGCGGGAAGUUUUCUAAAACUGAAUUUCCUCUACGCAAUAUAACAGCUGUGUAUCGGUUCUUCCUUUGUGCUUUAAAUGGUAAACAUACAUGUAACCUGUGCGUACAUUGCUGGUCUUGGGAUUUUUCAUAUUCGUUCAAGUGUCAUCAUCGUGGAUGUCAAAAUUUUGCUGCCAUAGUGACAUAUUUCAGAUAAAGACUUUACGUCAGGGAUUCAUAUCCUUAAUGAAAUUAUCUCACGCUCUUUUGACCAUUUCGCAUACCCUGUAAGAAAGAACAGCCAAUGUCCACAGUCAUUUUUGAAUAUAUUGAUUUCCUCGAUUCUAGAUACAGGUAUGGGGUGAUUAUCGCGUUGAAAAUUAGAGGAAACUGACCUUAAUCGUGUUUGUUCGUAAACUGGUCUUUUUCCCCAAAGUACAGAGUAGUGCAGGACGUCAUAAGGCAUGUAGUGAUUUACUUCUGCUGAUGUAUUUCGGAAACCGCCUAUCCACUUAAAAAUAUCCCAGCCACUGUCUACAUCUAUGCCGUGUAGAAUAGCUUUGGGUGAUAUCGGCCAUCGGUAUUUAUUUAUUUAUAAUUUUUUUUGACAUAUAUACGUCAUUAGCUUUUAACAACAAUCACGUGUUGUUGCCAACACAUUUCCCAACACAUUUAAGCUUCGUUGUCCAGUUUUCCAGGUUAUAGUGUGCAGUUGUAAUGAAGUGAGGCCGAAAGUUGUCCUAUGAAAGCUUCACUGAGCAGAUAUGGUUGUAAUGAAGUGAAGCCAAAGCCAUCCAGUGAAAGCUUCGCUGAGCGGAUAUACAUGUAGUUGUCAUAGAGUGAAGCCAGAGUUGUUAUAAGAAAGCUUCACUGAGCAAAUAUAGUUGUAAUGAAGUGAAGCCUAAGUCGUCCUAUGAAAGAUUCCCUGAGCAAAUAUAGUUGUAAUGAAGUGAAGCCGAAAGAUGUCCUAUGGAAGCUUCAAUGAGAAAAUACAUUUGUAAUGAAAUGAAGCCGAAAGAUGUCCUAUGGAAGCUUCAAUGAGCAAAUAUAGUUGUAAUGAAGUGAAGCCGAUAGUUAUCCUAUGAAAGCUUCAAUGAGCAAAUAAUAGUUGUAAUGAAGUGAAGCCGAAAGAUGUCCUAUGGAAGCUUCACUGAGCAAAUAUAGUUGUAAUGAAGUGAAGCCGAAAGAUGUCCUAUGGAAGCUUCACUGAGAAAAUACAGUUGUAAUGAAGUGAAGCCGAUAGCUAUCCUAUAAAGCUUCACUGAGCAAAUAUAGUUGUAAUGAAGUGAAGCCGAAUGUGAAUAUGUCACUGAGAAAAUUUAUCUGUAUGAUGAAGUGAGGCUGAGGGUAUUCACAAAAAAACAGAAAGUCAGUACAAUGGGGGGCCUACAAAUAUAAAACCUGAGUGUAUUUUUUCAUAUUCUCGAAGAUUAUGAAUUAUUGACAAAUGUGUACUAUAUAUGAGAUAUAAUCUUAAUAUAUACAUGUAUAUUGUUGAGCCAAAGGCUUUCUUUGUGGAAUAAAAUUUAAUAAUC